ACCAAGGAGCCUGUUCCUUGCCUUCUCUAUAAAUAUGUGUCUGAAAACCCUAAUAGAACUAUCCAAUCUUUAUUUCUAAACUCUUGUUUCUCUCUAGUCGGCCGCAAGCUUGUCUUGUAGAUCUGAGAUUUCUUGAGUCUUUGUUAGUGUGUCAUAUCUAACAAAACCACAAGAGUGAUUGUCUUGGUGUGUCAUAUCCAAGGGAUUCACUUAGGAGUAUCAAGGAGACCUCUCACAUCUCUUUGUGUCACCAUUCAUUCCACAAACCUUGAAGCAGAUUGAGUCUUUGAUUCUCUGUUUGCAAGGAUCUAUCCCAUUCCAACCAGAGAAGCAUCCUAGGAGUGUAUUAUGUGGUAUCAGAGCAAAUCUCUGGAAGGAAGUUUCUAAACUCUCUACUUCUAUUUUCAAUUUCGAAAUUUUCUUAUGAACCCUAGAUCUGAAAAAAAAAAAAAAAAUUGAAAUUCUUCUAAUCUGUUUAGAUCUGUUCUGUUUGGGUUUGUGGUCGAAAUUCUCUGUCUAGAUUUGAAUCUGAUUCGAUUUGGGCUUGAAUAGGUUGAGUUUUUCUUGAUCUGUUUGAGUUUUUGGUCAAACUGUUCUAGAUCUAAUCUCAGGUUGAGUAUCUGAUUAUUGUAUGAUUUAGGGCUUGUUAUUUUCAAUCUGAGUUCAAUAUUGAUAGAUCUGUUGUUCUGUGCUUUGAAUGUGAUAAAUCUGAGAAUUUUUAUUCUAGAUCUGUGCUGAAUCUGUUUCAUCUCUUGUUUGUUUUCCUUAUUUAAUUUUGAUUUCGAACUACUUACUGGCUUAGUCUUUCUCUUGUCUCAGGUACCAUGGCAGGAGAUCAAAAAGGAGAACUCACUAAGGAUGAAAAGCUUUUACUUAAGGUUAUGAGUGCUCAGAUGCAGGAGAAGAUGAAAGCCAGCCAUGAUAAAUUCCGGCAUGAGUUGAGACAGGAACUCCAACAAGCUACUGGUCAGAGUUUUGAGUCUAGAAGCAGUGAGAGGAGACAAAGACGUGGGCAUGAAGGCCGAAGCAAUCACAAAGAUAAAUUGGCUGAUCAAAAGCUAAAAAUCCCUCCUUUCUAUGGUGAUGCUGACCCUGCUGCAUACGUGGAGUGGGAAGAGAAGAUGGAGUUGAUUUUUAACUGUCAACACUCUGCUGAAAGAAAGAAGGUUCAAAUGGCUACUGCUGAGUUUUAUGGUUAUGCUUCAAGCUGGUGGAAUCAAUUGGUGUCAUCUAGGAGACACUAUGGAAAAGAACCUGUUGCAACCUGGCUCAAAUUGAGGGCUUUGAUGCGUCAUAAGUAUGUUCCAAGACAGUACCACAACGAAGUACUUCGAAAACAGUCUGAAACAAAGCCAUGCUCUUCAAACUCAGUCCAGGAACAACAAAGCAGAAUGAGAUCAAGUUCAACCAGUGUUAUUGGUUUACCUAACAAGACAACGAGCUGGUUCAGUGAGGAGGACAUAAAGAAGCUGUCUCAGGUGAUUAUGGAUGUGGAGAAACAAUUCAGGGAUACCCAUACUACACGUCCAUCCUUAGAAGAACAGAACCAGGAGUUAAUCACUUCAGUCUCAGAACUUAAUUCAGCAGAGCCGGUAUCAACUACCUCUAUUCAAGGAGAUCAAGCCAAAGAAUCAUCAGUUGUCAUUCAGAAAGAUGAGCAGCCUGUUCAGAACGUCAUGGUUCCUUUCAAACAAGCCAUAGUACCAGAAGAGACACCCAGGGAACCACAGACAGCUUGCAAAAAGGGACAACUGAUUGUCUUUGAUCCGUGUGAUCUCCAAAAGACAUUCUUGGAUACUUUUCUGAUCCAUCUCUUUGUCUGGAACAAGACCAGAGCAGUAGAGCUUUCAAGACACGAACUGGGCAUGGAACAUGUUGUAUUUGAGCCUGGAGGAGAUUUGUGGAAUCACAGGAACAAUCCCAUAGUGAUUGAGAAGAAAUCAGCAGCAACAACAAUUGUUUUUGGUGAUCUUUUACCAUCUGAAGUUAAAGGGAUGCACGUCUCAGCUCAGCAAGAGUUUCACUACGAAACCAAUUGGAGAAUGUUACCCACUCUUUCCUGGAUCCAACAAACCAGACAACGCAAUUGGGCUGGAAGGUUACAGAUCUACUUAUGGAAACCUGGAGCAUAUGACAGCAUACUUAUCAUCCCUGGAGAGUGCUCUGCUCGUGCUAGAACCAGCUUGGGUAAUAAAGAUUUGGAAGCUGAUCAAAAUGUCUUGCUUCUUGAUCAUGUCAAGGUGUGGAAGCCACUAGAUUUGCAAAAGCUUCAAUACCAUUUCAGAGAUUGUCAAACCAAGAGUGGAGAUGGAGAUUUCAUUAGAGUAAAUGGUGAAGUGAUUACUGGAGUAGGAGGAGAACUCAUGUUUUCUUCUCAAAUCAAGGAGAAACCACCAGAUGGACUCAGUCUACAUCAAUCUCCAAAUAAACCAACCCGAGGACAAACAGUUUUGAGUGCUAUACUUUUCGAAAGGAGAGGCUAUAGUAAUGAUCAGAGUAUCAAGAAUGGAUCCUUGGCUAAAUUGGAGAUGCAACAAUCAAAUCUUGGAAGCUGUCUAGCCGCCAGCUUUGACAUAGGAGCAGUCCGAGGAUCAUAUCUCAACAACCAAAAGGAAUUAAGCAACAAACUCGACUGCAAUAGAAACAUAACUCAUCUGGGUCUCACGUCGAAUUGGAAUCAUGUCAAAAGCUUCUCAGGUGAAAUAGUUAUGAGUUUUAGAAGUCGGGUGAUCCUGUGUUUGCUUUGUUUGAAAUUUUCUGAGUUUAGAACAUCUCAAUUCUAUCUAUGGCGACCAGGUGAGUAUGUUAAUGUAAGUGAUCAUGUUCUCAAGAAUUCUUUUAUCACUGAUUAUACAGAUAUGAUGCACUUGUUUUUGUCAAAAGAGCCAUGUGCAGAUUUUAAGAGAGUUUGGAAGCAUAUAAGAAGAAACUACAAAAAUGAGGAAGAUAAGAGAUUCAAACCACCUGAUCUAGACCAGGAUAACCACCAAGACGUCCCUGGCUUUAUCAUCAUCAAAGAAGCACCUCCAGAUGUAGCCUACAAUCCAAAACCGAGCAGAAACAAAUUUGGGAUAAGACUCUUACUUUAUGACAACUUCGCAUGUGCUAACUUGUUUUGUUUCAGUGUGUGUGAAUCGGGUUUGGGGAAUGCAUCAGGAGUAUGGAGAGCCCAACGUAUCAGUUCCUUCUACCAAACAAAUCCAGUCAGCAACAAUGCCUAUCAAAGAGGCUUGCAAGGUAAGUGUAAUCUGAUUAUCAACGUUAAUGUUACUGACUUGGCUCCUUUUGUUGCAGAUGAGCUAGAUUUGAGGACAAAUCCUUUUCAAGAGGGAGGGGAUGAUAUGAUCAUGGACCAGCCAAACAAAGAAGAUAAUGAGAGCAUGGAUGAUCCAGCUGAUGGAGGAGCUCUAGCCAUAUCUGAAGGUCCUAUGACUCGAGCCAGAAGCAAGCAACUCAAAGAAGCCAUUGGAGGAUUACUUAAGACAUCACUGAAGCAAGAAGAGAGUCUUGGAAGAAGCUUGAUCAACCAAGACACACUUGCCACAAUUCAAGCCAUCUCAGCUCCAAGAUAAACAUCAAAU